AUGGGGUUUGCACAGGCCUCGACGCUUGGAUCUCUUGAGGCCCUAGUGGAUUUCUUGAAAGUCGGUAAGAUUUCUGUGUCUGGGAUCAAUAUCAGACCUGUCCACAAGAAAAACGCCAUGCAAGCUGGUUCAACACUGGAGAAAGCGAGAGAAAUGGCUUGCAUUAUUUGUUCUGACGUUCCCGUCGAUAAGGAUCCUGAACGUGUAGCAGUAGAGAUGGGGAUCAGGUUAUUCAGAGGUGAUCUACUUCAGAUUUCCACACGACAAUCUACUUGCACAGGAUUUCUUGACCUUCAUGCCGCUCACGCCUCGGAAACCUGGGCCAAGUACAUCAACAUGCACACUGGUCGUCAAAAUGAUGCCGCUACAGCUUACAUCCACAGCGUCAUGGAUUGCACCAACCCUCGUGUCAACCGUGUCAUCUUCGAGAGUAACAAGGCUGUUGGAGUCGCAUAUGUUCCUCUUGUAAUCAUACUCAUAAAUCGCAACUCCUGGAGACUGUCGUCAAAGCACACAAGUAUGUCGUUAUCAGCAGUGGUACCCUCAGCACUCCUCAAAUUCUCGAGUGCUCUGGUGUGUCGGCCCUUGGCUUUCUCAUCGGUUGUACCUUUGCGCCUAAUCAACAAACUUCACUGUCAUGCAAUGGUUAACCACCGUAUUUGGGUAAGAGGUCAUGCCAGAGACAUGGAUAUGAAUGCCCCUCCACAUGGUGUCCAAUUACAACUGACAAGUGGUAACGCGACAGAUCCCAUUCCGAUCGACGAUACACAAGUUGCGGCCAAUCAUGGAUACUUCCAGUUCAAAGCUACGCCUGGCGUGUUCCAAUUAGGUAUCAGAGAAGGGAGAGGUCGGGGUAUAUUUGAGAUGGAGAGUGUUGGAAAUGAAGGGUGGGAUAGUCCUAGCGUAGCUGAAGUUAGAGAUGAAAUUACAGUCACGAGCUUUGAAGCACUGACAUUGUAUCUGAGGUUGAUGAGGAAGAAGGGGAUGGAGAAGGUUGAUGUUCUGGAUGAGGGCAACAAUGAAGAUGUUGAGGGAUUGUCGGUAAUUUUGUAUCAAAUCAAUCUUCAGUCCAUAGGAACCUCACUCAGCGUCGUUUGCAGGAGUGAACAAGCAGAAAUCAACACUUUCACAAUUGCUUCUGGACUGCUAUACAAGGUAUUUUCCAGGCGACUUUCUUCCAACUUUCUUUUUCUAAAAGGCAGACCCAAGUGUUUUGUUGGAAUCAUGAUUUUGAGCGUUCUCAAAAACAUCAAGAGCACUGUUAAAUUCUGGUUCAUUGAAAACUUCCUUUCCCCUCUUUCCUGGAAUUCAUACCGCAUCUUGCUUCAGCCUACAACUUCUAGUACGAGUUAG